AAGCUGGUUGCUUGUUUUAUUUAUUUAUUUAUAUAUUCUAAUAGAGGAUGUCUUUUCUGUUUCUGGAAAGCUGAGGUGGUGUGGCAGACUUGUGGGCAGAUGGGGCUGAUGCGCAGCCUGCGUGUGCGGGAGCACGGAGCCGGUACCGAGCUGUGCAGGCUCUGGGCUGGUGCUGAGGCCGUCGCCUGAGAGGAGGUGAGGGGAGAAGGGAAGCUGUUCCCAUGGCGUGUGGGGAAUGCAACGUUUCAGCACCCACUCAGGAUCCAGCACGCAGGAACAUCGUCCACUUCCAGCACAGAGAAUUGAAGUGCAGAUAGCAGAACCCAGCUGCAGGGUGAAUCAUGAUUCCAGUCACUGAAUUGCGCUAUUUUGCUGACACUCAGCCAGCAUACCGCAUCCUGAAGCCAUGGUGGGAUGUCUUCACGGACUACAUUUCCAUAGUGAUGCUGAUGAUUGCAGUGUUUGGAGGGACACUUCAGGUCACCCAGGACAAAAUGAUUUGUUUGCCCUGUAAAUGGGUUACCAGAGACUCUUGCAAUGACUCUGUCAGAAGUUGGACAGCCGCAACCCCAGAACGUACCUACUAUAAUUCUAGUCUUGUUCCCUCUACUGAUACAGGGCCUACGGGGAUCCGAUAUGACUUGGACCGGCACCAGUAUAACUAUGUAGAUGCAGUGUGUUACGAGAACCGUCUCCACUGGUUUGCCAAGUAUUUUCCUUAUCUGGUGCUGCUACAUACACUCAUCUUCCUGGCUUGUAGCAACUUCUGGUUCAAAUUCCCAAGGACCAGCUCCAAGCUGGAGCAUUUUGUGUCUAUUUUGCUUAAGUGUUUUGACUCUCCGUGGACAACGAGGGCAUUAUCUGAGACAGUGGUGGAAGAGAGUGAUACUAAACCAGCAUUUGGGAAAAUGAAUGGCUCCAUGGACAAGAAAUCCUCCACAGUCAGUGAGGAUGUGGAAGCCACUGUUCCCAUGCUGCAGAGAACAAAGUCUCGAAUUGAGCAAGGGAUUGUGGACCGGUCUGAGACUGGUGUCUUGGACAAAAAGGAAGGUGAACAGGCCAAAGCACUCUUUGAGAAAGUGAAAAAGUUCCGUACGCAUGUGGAAGAGGGAGAUAUAGUUUAUCGCCUGUACAUGAGACAGACCAUCAUCAAAGUGAUCAAGUUUAUUCUGAUCAUCUGCUAUACUGUUUACUAUGUCAACAACAUAACAUUUGAUGUUGACUGUAAAGUGGACAUUGAGAGUUUGACUGGCUACAGGAUGUACCGCUGUGCUCAUCCUUUGGCCACUCUCUUCAAAAUCUUGGCAUCUUUCUACAUCAGUUUGGUGAUAUUCUAUGGCUUGAUUUGCAUGUACACACUCUGGUGGAUGUUGAGGCGAUCACUCAAGAAAUACUCCUUUGAGUCCAUCCGGGAGGAGAGCAGUUACAGUGACAUUCCUGAUGUGAAAAAUGACUUUGCUUUUAUGCUCCAUCUGAUCGAUCAGUAUGACCCACUGUACUCCAAGCGCUUUGCUGUCUUUCUGUCGGAGGUAAGUGAGAACAAAUUGCGGCAGCUGAACCUCAACAAUGAGUGGACUUUGGAGAAGCUGCGCCAGAGGAUCACUAAGAACUCCCAGGAUAAGCUAGAAUUGCAUCUUUUCAUGUUGAGUGGCAUUCCUGAUACGGUCUUUGACCUCAUUGAGCUGGAGGUCUUGAAGCUAGAGCUUAUCCCCGAUGUCACUAUUCCCCCAAGCAUUGCUCAGCUCACCAGCCUUAAGGAACUGUGGCUCUACCACACAGCUGCCAAAAUUGAGGCUCCAGCCCUUGCCUUCUUGAGGGAGAACUUGAAAUCUCUCCACAUCAAGUUCACAGACAUCAAGGAGAUUCCUCUUUGGAUUUAUAGCCUGAAGACCCUAGAAGAGCUUCAUCUGACAGGGAAUUUGAGUGCUGAAAACAACCGGUACAUUGUGAUAGAUGGAUUGAGGGAGCUGAAGAGGCUGAAGGUGUUGAGGUUGAAGAGCAACCUCACCAAGCUGCCACAGGUGGUAACAGAUGUUGGUGUGCAUCUUCAGAAGCUUUCCAUCAACAAUGAGGGCACCAAGCUCAUUGUUCUCAACAGCCUUAAGAAAAUGGUCAACUUGACAGAGCUUGAGCUCAUCCGUUGUGACUUGGAACGUAUUCCUCACUCUAUCUUUAGCCUCCACAAUCUGCAGGAGAUAGAUCUGAAGGACAAUAACCUCAAGACCAUUGAGGAAAUCAUCAGCUUCCAGCACUUACAUCGUCUUACUUGCCUUAAACUGUGGUACAACCACAUUGCCUACAUCCCCAUGCAAAUAGGCAACCUAACCAAUUUAGAACGCCUUUACCUGAAUCGUAACAAGAUAGAAAAGAUCCCUACCCAGCUCUUCUAUUGCCGAAAACUUCGGUAUUUGGAUCUCAGCCACAACAACUUGACUUCCAUACCGCCAGAUGUUGGGCUUCUUCAAAACCUGCAGAAUCUAGCUGUGACAGCCAACAGGAUUGAGAGUCUCCCACCAGAGCUGUUCCAGUGCAGGAAGCUGAGAACCUUGAACCUGGGAAACAAUGUGCUGCAGUCACUCCCAUCCCGGGUUGGGGAGCUGACAAAUCUGUCACAGAUAGAGCUACGAGGGAACCGCUUGGAGUGCCUGCCUGUGGAGCUGGGAGAAUGUCCUCUGCUGAAACGCAGUGGGCUUGUAGUAGAAGAGGACCUGUUCAACACGCUGCCCUUGGAAGUCAAAGAGCGGCUGUGGAGGGCAGACAAAGAGCAAGCCUGAACUCCCGAAAAAAGGGAAAAGCCUCUGACCAACAAGAAGGAAACAAAAGGCCAUUCUAGUCCCCUUUUCCCCAGAUCCUCCCCUUUCUCCCCUCUGAUCGCUACCAGGCUAGCCAAGGAGUCCCUGAACAAACAUGACUGAAUGAGGUGGCUUCUUACCUCACAUGCAGGAUGGGGGAAGCUUGGGAUCAGGAUGAGGAUCAAGAAAGAUUAGUUGGCCUCUGAGCAAGGGCCACUGGGAGUAAGAGGUGUUGCUGUUCUUCUGGACAGGAAGUGGGGUGAGGUGGAUGGUGCUGGUGAGAAGAAAUGACCUUUGAAUGGAGGAGAAGAUGGAAUGUGGGGAUUGCUGCAUUGCUCUAAAUGGGGGUUAUAUGUGUUAGGGACUGAGAGUGUCCAGUGUCCUGCAAGCAAAGAUCAAGAGACUAGGAAACCUCUUGAACCUCCAUCUCCCUGCCACUUGGUACUGUUCCUGACUUAGAGAGUCAGUUAGUGAGGCCCUACGGUGGGGUGGGAUAGGAUACAGACAGCUGAUUUUAUCUAGAUGCUGGCAUUAGUAUUUGGGGGAUAAACUUCUCAGACAUCAGCUUGAAUGCAGGAUCUUUUUUUAACCAACUGUCUUUCCCCUUUGUACUCCACACCUUCUCCUCUGUCCCUGGAGAAGAAACCAACCCCCCACCCCCAAACUAUGUGCUCAUUUAAGAUUGCACUAUUUGAAAAAUUUCAAGUCACUUGUGCUGAUGAGUAGAUCACAUAGCAUCCUUCUCCAGCUGAUGUGCUGGAGACACUUCCAGAGCUUUAGCCUGUUCUGAAAUUGAUGGUUAUAGUGCAAGUGGGAGAAAGAUCUGGAUAAAAAGCAGCUGGACUGUCUUAUUAUCCAGAAGCAUCAAGUUGCUUGAGGAUCUGGCUUUUAAAGUUUUUAAGCUACUUUUAAAUUCCUGGUAUUUUUGUCAUGUGUCAAAUAUGAACAUACAACUGGCCAGUGUGUCGGGGUGUCUCCUGGGGUUGGUGGUGUUAGUAAAGAGGAACACUUAGGUUUCCUCUGCACCUUUUGCCUCCUGCCCUGCUCCCCAAGUUGUUGGAUGCUUUGCCAGUGUUCAUGAAUGCAGUCUACAGAACUGCUUGAUUGUUUGGUUGUUUUUUCUUUCCCUGUUGUCAUCCCCACUUUAACAGCUGUCAGUUCCUGUUACACCUCUUGACCUAAAUAAGAGGCUAAUGCUGAUUGAACUUGGUGCUGGAAAAGAAACCUGUCCUGCUAUUUCUUCCCCUUUUCAUUCUGUCAGCAUUAAGGAGCAGUAUGAGAAUCCUCCAUGGACUGAGCUCCUCUAGAUCACUGGGACAGAGCAGUUUUUACUGAAACAAGUCUGACCUGUUUGGUAUUGUUUGACCAAAAAAAAAAAAAAAAAACAAAACAAAACCAAACCCCAACAAAACAACACAAUGAAACAACCUUCUGCACUGGCAGAGGUAGAUAACUUACAAUAGCUACUGAUAAUCAUGUCCUUAAGGUGGAGUCGUUAAGGUGUGCCUACAAUACACCUUAAGUCUGCUCUUUUCCAUCAGAAGGAAGAGGAGGCUUGAGGACCUGCAGGUCCUGGUUGUGAUACUUGCAUCAGACCAACAGGUUGUCUUCAAGGUGGAGUGCUGCAAGCUGAGGCAUGAGAAGUUUGGAGGCCUCCCCUGGGUACAAAAGGGGGAAGCUGCAGCCAUCUCCAGAGCAGUUCCUGGCAAGCUGUCAGCUGCCCUGGCUUAGCAAAUCGUGGUGUUCCCUUGGAUGUUGGGGCAAUAAGGCACACUGUGGCUUCCUUCAUCAGAUGUAAGAUAUGAAAUAUAUACACUAAACGUGCUGAAACCAUGAACAAUGUUAAUUGGGCUCUGGAUUUGUUGAUGUUCAGAUGCUUAAAUAAAGCUACAUUAAAAUCCAGGAUAUCUGUUUAUACAACUGCUUUUAAGAAAGAUGUAAAUUCUGCCUCCCUUAGUCCAUUCAUUAUGAAAAGUUUAAACAGUCCAGGGAAUAAUAUAAUUAAAUCUCUUUAUCUGAGUGGCAAGGUACUGUAAAAGCUCUUAUUGUUUCUAACAGGGUUAGUGUCUUGAAAUUACGUUAGAGUUGGGGCCACUGCUGAAAGGAUGGGGAAGUAUUGUUGCUGAUGCUUCUUGGAUUGUACUUGUUCUAUUUGGACAAGCAUUUUGGAUCAACAGAGAGGGCAAAAAUUGUUAGGUGGGCUUAAUGCUUCUUAAGUAAACCAGAAAUGCUUUAGGCUUAGCUACAGCAAUACUAUUUCCCAGUCAGUUCCUUGCGGUGGGUGUGGGGUUGGUUUGGAUUGUGAAGGAAACUCUCCCACCCCCUCUUAUUCUGUGCCAAAAGAUAGUGCUGGAGAAUAAUGGCUACUGGAUAGAGGCUUGAACUCAAUUUUGUGUUCAAGGCCACUGAGUAACUGGUCUACAACACAUGUAUUUUAGACUAGGCAGGACUGAAAGGGCAAAGUGCCUCACGGAAUUUUCACCUAGCUUAACAGGAGCAGAGAGAUUUCUUCUAUAUGUCUAGAUCAUUGUAGGUGAGUGCUUUGACUCUUGAUUCUAGCUGUGGUCUUACACAGACUAAACUUUACACAGCUGUUAGAAGUUUCUAUAAGCAGCUCCUGAAAGUAUGCUGCAGCGCUUCUAGAAGUUUGCAAGUCUCCUGAACUGUUCUGUAUCUCAGUGCUGAGUCCAUAGGACAAGUGGACAAUAGGCUAUUCUGUUAGAAAUGAGAGGCUGUUUCUAGCUUCUAAUCAAAUAAGAGCUGUAUUCCUGCUGCUUGCUGAGAAGAGACUGCCCUACUCCUGAGGCCUACAAAGCAAUUAUAAGACAGGCCAGUAUUGAUCAUGCAUGAAAACACUAGCUUUUUUGCUGCUCUUAAAAUAUGCCAAGCUUGGUUUUUUGGUCAUGGCUGCUAGGGCUUGAGAUAGCUUCCUUUGUGGCAAAAUUGGGAUCAGCAGUCUGAUAACUUGUACCAGAAACACAGGUGGCACGAAUACAUUGCCACUCUGGAAGACAGCAAUAUGUAUUAUUUACUCCUGUUAUGUGCUUCUUGCUCUUCCCUCAAAUAGAUACUGAUUCCAGAGUAUCAGUCUUGUGUGAUGAGAUGGAAGAAGCUUUAAAACUUCAAAGAUAAUGUCUAAACCAUGAGGUCCUGAACAUGUUUACUGCUCAGGACUCCUGCAAAACUCAACCCACAGCAGAGUGAGUCAUCCACUUCCCAUACUUGUCUGGAUUGCUCAGUCUUUGAGGGAUGAGCUUACAUCAACAAUCCUUCCUCAUUUGUAAGCAUUCAAUCAGUGUAUAUUUUUUUUUCCUUUAUGUUCCCAUCAAACUGAAGUUUAAGGGUUUUAUUUCUGACACUGAUCUGUGUGUUCAGAAAAAAAGUUCAACUUAAGCAGACAAUCAACGGUCUGGUCAGUGUCUUGUUCUUCUGACAGGCUUUUCAAAGCACUCUAGUAGUAGCAAACCAGAUUAUUUAUUAGCUGCUAAAUCAUACAACUUGAAUUAAACCCAACUAUUUCCUUAAUAGCACUUCUGAGCUGAACGAGUUCUUGAAACCCCUGUAGAUCACAAGCACACUCAUCCUGUGUUAGGACUGAAGGUUAGUAAAAGGGAAUUCUACCUUUCCUGCUAAAUACCCGGAAAAGUAACAAGUUGCAACUAAUUAUUUUGAACCAGCUGAAAGGCAAGGAAUACCAAACCUAUUAAAUGUGUUAAAUCUUGCUGUAUCUCUUGAAACUAUGCACUGGAAUGUUAGCUAAAGUUCUUUAAGAUUGCUUUCUGAUUUUAUGAUUUGGUCCCUGGUUAAUUCAGCAGCUGGAAUGAAUUUACUCUGCCAGUCUGGUUAAAUAGCUUUUACAGGUAUCUUUCAUGAUGUGGUGUUCUUUGGUAUUAAUUGUCACUUCCUGAUAAUAUCCUACCUCAUUUUUUAUUUUUUCUUGUUACCAUUUAUACAGUCCAUUUAGCUCACUUCAUUUUAAUUAAAGUUCUUGGUGUUCAUUACCAUAAAUAGUAUUAAGUGGCUUUCUGUUGCUGAACCACACUGAGGUCCUGGGUGGUUUUGGUUUUGCUUUUUUGGGUUUGGUGGUUUUUUUUUUUUUUUUUUUUGUUUUUUUUUGUUUUUUUUUUUUAACAAAUGAUUCUGGGAAUUUUGAGAACAUCCUUUACAGAUGAUGAGGUGUAUGGAAAAAAGUUUCAAGUAUUAUUGGUUCAACAUCUGUGACAUUGUUUCCUUUUUUUUUCUGCUUCAUGAAGGGACUGCAUGGUUUGAGCUCUUUUAGAUUUUUUUUUUUUUUUUUUUUUUAAUUUUUUUGGUCCUCCUUCAGGGGACGAGUAACUUUUCCUCAUUAAUACCUGUGCCUUUUCUCAAGAUACAUUAAUGUAACUUCUCCACAGAGUCACUUGUUUCUUCAAGUAUAUUUGUAAUAGUCUCUGCCUGAAGCCAGCUGUUCCUGCUGAUUCUUUUUCUUUCAACCAUGGAGAGAUUUCCUAAUUCUUGGUGUGACUUCUCACUGACAAACAAUAUUGUCAUACCAUAGAGUCAUCUACUCAGAAAUAUUACUUAAGGUAAGGCUGUGUGAAUGCUAACUAGUAAAACUAUUGCUUAAAUGUCACUUUUUUUUUUUUCCCCCUUGUUGCAUUUGAAAAGGAAAAAUUUUUUCCCCACUGUCUGGUGACACAGUGGAUCCUGUAAUUUUACUAAGCAUGUGCCAAAACAGAGUGAGUUUUCUGUCUUAUCUUCAUUUUAACAGUGCAUGAAGCAGAACUGGAACGGGACAAGAGUAUUGUUUGACUCAGACCUUUCUCCCUCCAUCCCUCCAGCUGCAGUGGUAGGUUAAUAUUCAACUGCUUCAGCAGUAUGGAAUCCUCCAGAAAUCUAAUCUCCCAAAUACCUUUUCAAAAGUAGCUGUACCUGAGUUGCUGGACCCUAAUAGCAAAGAUGAACUUUGUGUGAAUUCAUACAAAGAAAGGCUUAAUUUAGGAUUUCUGGAAUUACCCUUCCCUUCCUUCCUCUGUCUCCUUUAAAGGAAUUUUAUUGAACAAUGGGGGGAAAUUUUUCUAGAGGAGACUUAAUGAGAAGGGGGCUAAUGACCCUGAGUCAUCUUUUACAGCUGACAAAUGUGUCCAUUUAAGACACUACUCAUGGCUUAAACAUUGUUCACUCCCAUUUUAUAAAUGCACGAGCAGGGUUGUGGUUUGGCAUCCGAGACCUGCGACUUGAUGUAACAUUUCAGAAUCAUGACAUUCACUUUGUAUGUGGGAUUGUUUGGGCAGCUGAUCAACAGCACCUCCACCUUAAGCACUGAAGGCUACUUUUGUUUUCUCUGAAAGACUUGUAAGACUGGACACUUUAACAGAAUAAAAGUUUUAAUUUUUAAUUUGCA